GCAUCCCRUGUCCUGGGAGAGAACCAUUCUUGGCUCAGCAAUGAAUAACUGUGUGCUCCUGGAGGAACAGCUCAUCAAAAAAUCCCAGCAGAAGAGAAGGACGUCUCCUUCCAACUUCAAAGUGCGCUUCUUUGUCUUAACCCAGUCCAAGUUGGCUUACUAUGAACAUCGCCAUGGGAAAAAAAGAACAUUGAAGGGUYAUGUUGAACUUUCCAGGAUUAAAUGUGUAGAAAUUGUGAAAAGUGACAUCAUUAUUCCCUGUCAGUAUAAAUAUCCUUUCCAGAUUGUCCAUGAUAACCACAUACUCUAUGUGUUUGCACCCAACCGUGAGAGCCGUCAGAGAUGGGUCUUUACUCUGAAAGAAGAAACCAGAAACAACAACAGUUUGGUUCAAAAGUACCAUCCAAAUUUUUGGAUGGAUGGGAAAUGGAGAUGCUGUGAUCAGACAGAGAAGAUGGCAGUUGGUUGUAUAGAAUAUGACCCCACCAAAAACGCUUCAAAGAAACCUCUUCCUCCCACUCCUGAAGAUAACUGGAAGUUGUUGCUAGACCCAAAGGAUGCCUUAGUCUUGGCCAUAUAUGACUAUGAAGCCCAGAAUCCACAGGAGCUGACAUUAAAAUAUAAUGAGGAAUAUUAUGUGAUUGAUAACUCUGAAGAACAUUGGUGGCUGAUUCAAGAUAAGAAUGGGCAUGAAGGCUAUGUGCCAAGCAGUUACCUGGUGGAAAAAUCACCUGACAAUCUGCAAAUAUAUGAGUGGUACAAUAAGAAUAUGAACAGAAGCAAAGCAGAAAUGCUCCUCAGGGAUGAGGGUAAGGAAGGUGCCUUCAUGGUGAGAGAUUCAAGGCAGCCUGGCAUGUACACAGUCUCUGUUUUCACCAAAGCAUUAAGCACUGACAACAAUCCUGUUAUAAAGCAUUAUCAUAUCAAUGAGACAAAUGACUUUCCCAAGAGGUAUUACUUGGCAGAAAAGCAUGUGUUUGACUGUAUCCCUGACCUCAUCAACUACCACCAGCACAAUGCAGCAGGUCUCGUUACUCGUUUGCGGUAUGCGGUCUGCUCCUGGAGAAAACAGGCCCCAAUCACUGCAGGGCUGAGCUAUGGAAAAUUGGUCAUAAAUCCCUGUGAGCUCAGCUUUGUACAGGAAAUCGGCAGUGGGCAGUUUGGGGUGGUUCACCUUGGUUAUUUGAUGGACCGGACAAAGGUAGCCAUAAAGACCAUUCGUGAAGGAGCAAUGUCUGAAGAAGACUUCAUUGAAGAAGCUAAACUCAUGAUGAAACUGUCUCAUCCCAAACUAGUCCAGCUUUACGGCGUGUGCUUUGAGAAGACUCCGAUAUGCCUGGUGUUUGAGUUUAUGGAGCACGGCUGCUUGUCGGAUUACCUCAGGAGCCAGCGGGGCAGUUUUUCAAAAGAAACCCUCCUAGGCAUGUGCCAAGAUGUGUGUGAAGGAAUGGCUUAUCUGGAACAAAAUUCAGUCAUCCACAGAGACUUGGCUGCUCGGAACUGCCUGGUGGGGGAAUCACACGUGGUCAAAGUGUCGGACUUUGGGAUGUCAAGGUUUGUCCUUGAUGAUCAGUACACCAGCUCCACGGGUACCAAGUUUCCAGUCAAAUGGUCUGCUCCGGAGGUUUUCUCUUACAGCAACUAUAGCACCAAAUCUGAUGUAUGGUCAUUUGGAGUGCUGAUGUGGGAGGUCUUCAGUGAAGGUAAAAUCCCCUAUGAGAAUCGCACCAAUGGAGAAGUGGUGGAAGAAAUCAAUGCAGGUUUCCGGCUCUACAAACCCAAGCUGGCCUCCAAGAACAUUUAUGAGGUCAUGAACCACUGUUGGAGCAUGAGGAAAGAUGACCGGCCUUCCUUUUCUCUUCUGCUCUAUCAACUGAGUGAAAUCUCUGAGUUUGAUCAUGACAUUGGCCACUAA